UUCUACGAAAAUACAGAUUUUGUACACAAACAUACAUGAGAUAUCUAAAUAGCAGAAACGGAAAGACUUUAAAGAUGAGGACAGCUACAAACCUGUUUCUUUGUCUCCUGAUGACCAGCUUUGGAAGCGGGGGCUGGUGGUACGCUGAUGGUUGUGGCGAGGUGUACUUGAACGGGGAGUAUAAAACCGCCUGCAACUCCACCAGCAACCCCGGCUUCAGCACCGAGACGUGUCGCGCCAGGGGGAUGAACUGGCUGCCGUGGAAGGGCUUUGUCUCUCUGAAACACUCGAGGAUCAUGAUGAGGCCGACAGACUUCGGUUGGCCAAGAAGAAGGCUGGACCCCAAUGACAACCCUUUGCGAUGUGGCCCCAGUUUUGCCCUUCCUGACGGCAAGCGCUCUGAAUGCGACCCUACUGGCACCAUCAACGACUUACCGUGCUGUUCCACUGGUGGAUACUGUGGCAAAACUUCGGCACACUGCACAUGCUCCGGUUGUGUGGACUAUCGACCAGUCGUAGACCUUGAUGAGUGUGCACAAGAUAACCACGGGUGCGAACAUAUCUGCACCAACCCCAUCGUCCGCGGACCGGCGGAAUGCUCCUGUGAGCUGGGGUUCACCUUAAAUCCUGACAACAAGACAUGUCGAGCCCCGGAGUGGACGUCCUCCAACGGCGCCAGCUACCUCCCGAUUCCCGGAGAGCUAUUUUCCUGGAGCGCAGCGGAGGAAGCGUGCCAGUCCUUCGGGUCACACCUGGCCUCCAUUUCCGGUAGCCAGGAGAACGACUUCCUGAUGGAGAUGAUGGGGAAUGAUGCCGGGAGCUAUUGGAUAGGUCUGAACACCAAUCAGCAGCCCUCAAGACGUUUUCACCGCCGACAAUAA